CUAGACGUUAGACGUGUUUAUAGAGUAACUUAUAAGUAACUGGUAUCGAAAUAGACGUACUGGAAAUGUUCCAAUCGAUACCAAAUCAAGGGCAAGCGAAUGCGCCUGCUCAAGGGCAACCUAACCAACAAGCAACUUCAACCGACCCGACCAACCCCAGCAAUAAAGCGUUAAGUGAUGAACAAAUUUACCAAUGGAUAUCUGAAUUAGUUAGUGGUACUAAUAGAGAACGUGCAUUAUUAGAGUUGGGGAAGAAGAGAGAACAGUAUGAUGAUUUGGCUUUAGUUUUAUGGAACUCAUUUGGAGUUAUGACUGUAUUAUUAGAAGAAAUCACAAGUGUAUAUCCAUAUUUAAAUCCUCCAACGUUAACAGCUUCUAUUUCCAAUAGAGUUUGUAAUGCUCUUGCAUUAUUACAAUGUGUUGCAUCCAAUGUUCAAACCAGAGGAUUAUUUUUGAGUGCUAAUCUUCCAUUAUAUUUAUAUCCAUUUUUAUCUACCAACGCCAGACAAAGAUCAUUUGAAUAUUUAAGACUAACGAGUUUAGGAGUCAUAGGUGCUUUAGUAAAGAAUGAUACUCCAGAAGUAAUAAAUUUUUUACUUACCACUGAAAUUGUUCCUCUUUGUUUGAAUAUUAUGGAAAUUUCAUCUGAAUUGUCCAAAACAGUAGCCAUAUUUAUUUUACAAAAAAUCUUACUUGAUGAUCAAGGUUUGUCAUAUAUUUGUACUACUUAUGAAAGAUUCCAUACUGUGGCAACAGUACUAGCCAAGAUGAUUGAACAGUUAAGUGCAACUACAAGUAAUGCACAAGUUCCUCCUCAAAAUUCCAAUAGUUCAGGUAGAUUAUUAAAGCACGUAGUAAGAUGUUAUAUGAGACUCUCAGAUAAUUUGGAAGCAAGAAAAGCUCUUGGAACUUUACUUCCUGAGCCCUUAAGAGAUGGUACAUUCUCUAUGAUAUUACAAGAUGAUGUCCCUACUAAGAGAUGUUUAGCACAAUUAUUAGCCAAUAUCAAUGAAACUCAAUGAUUUAGAUGUCAUGCUGCAAGUACGGGUUUGCAGCCAUUCCCAACUGUAUAAUAAUGUAAAAUGUCCAUAGUAUGUAUUUGAUAUAUAUAUAGAGAGAUCUUUGUAUAUUAGCAAUAAACAAAUGUUUCAAAAAGCGC